AAUUUUUGAAGGGUCGAAGUGCAAUUUGCCGAUAAUUUAAAGGGACAAAUAAAUUCUUCGUUAGGGUUUUGUUAUUGUUUCAACUUUGAGCUUUCAUCAGAAACCAUGUCGAAUUACGUACCAACAGACCUCCUGAUCGAAAUCCUCGUAAAACUGCCGGUUAAAUCCUUAAUCCGGUUCGCCGCCGUCUCCAAAUCAUGGCGGUCGAUUAUCACCAGCGCCGCCUUCAUCGCUUCCCACCUCUCAAAAGGUAAAAACCAUACCCAUACCCUAAUCCACACGCUAUCAACAAAUUCAUUGGUUAAAUUCACUGGAGGUGUACCCUUUGCUGUCAAUUCUCCCUCAAAACUCAAAUUCCCCUACUACGAAUCAGACAGCAUUUAUACAAGAAUAGUAGACUCUUGCGAUGGGCUUGUUUGCUUAUCGAAUAACUUCUUCAUAAUUGAUUUUGCGCAAUCACCCGGCGUUAUAUGGAACCCAUCUGUUAGAAAUCAUAUAGCUUUACCCAACCCUGCUAUCAAUCCGGAAGACGCCUACAUUUCCGUACUCGGUUUUGGAGUUGAUGCCGGUCGUACCCACCACAAGGUGGUGAGGUUUCUUUACUGCAGAAACGCGGCCGGUAUUUUUACGACACGGGUUGAGAUAUUUUCCCUCAAGACAUGGAGUUGGCGGAGGUUGAUUGGUGGAGUUGAUAUUUCUCUGCACGCUUAUCUAAGUUUGUAUUUUCGUCAAGUUUUCUUGAAUGGGGUUGUGCAUUGGCUCAUCGAGCAAGAACCGAUAGGUGACAAUAGUUUUCGUCGUAGUUAUAUUCUGGCCUUUGAUGUUGGAGACGAGGUAUUCCGUGAAGUGAUGUUGCCGGAAUGGGAGGCGGGUGGUUCGGGUUUUGCAAAGUUGAGUAUUUUCGUGAUUAAGGAAUCACUCGGAGUUGUCAAGUCAACUGGCGAGUCGUGUGAUGUGUGGGUGAUGAAGGAGUACUGUGUGAAAGAAUCUUGGACUAAGUUAUAUACCGUUCGUUUGUUUGAAAAGAUAAAAAAUGUGGUUGGCUUUUUGAAUAGUGGCGAAGUUUUAUUGGCCUUAGAGAAUUCUAGGUUAGUUGUCUAUAAUUCAGAGACUAAGCAGACUAAAGAUCUUGGAGUCUAUGGAAACUACUUCACUCCGAAAGUCGAGAUAUUCUCGCCCGAGACAAUGAGGUGGCGGAGGGUGCGCGGAGUUGAUGUUACACUCCGGGCUUAUUCGAAUAUGUACUGUCAAGUUUUCUUUAAUGGGGUUGUCCAUUGGCUCUCCGAAAAAGAACCGAUCGAUUACAGUAAUGCACGACUUAGUUCAAUUUUGGCCUUUGACAUUGACAAUGAGGUGUUCGGUGAAGUAAUGUUGCCACGCGAGUUGGCAAAUGCAAGUAAACUACCGACUCUGCGCAUCUUCGUGAUUGGGGAAUCGCUCGGUGUGGUCAAGUACGUUGGGUGCGCGUGUGAUGUAUGGGUGAUGAAGGAGUACUGCGUGGAAGAAUCUUGGACGAUAGUAGGCGGGUUAAGGAUCUUGGAAUCUAUGGGACUAUUGCUGUCGUUCUACGUACGUUGA